GUCCUUUUAAUGGUUUAAACAGGGCGAUACCCACCAUGAACACUUGUCCCUCACAUCUUCACCUUCACCUUCUUCUUCUUCUUUUGCUUCUUGUGCCCUUUGUAUUCUCCUCUCUUUAGACUGAGAAAGAAAGAGAGGGAAAUCCCAGAUGCUCUGCAAAUGGGGAAGGGUGAGCAAAAUCUGCAUCAGCAGCAGAGUCAUGGGGGUGAAAAUUCUUCGGAACUCAUCUGUCCUGGAUGUUCGAUGGUUUUUAAUAGAAUCGCCAAAGACUUCAGCUUUAGAUGCGUUUUUGUGUUAAUUCUCAGCUUAUCAAUUUUUCUCUCUGGGAUCUUCUGGAUCCUUCCUUACCGUUCAACCAAGUCUGGGUUUGAUGCCAAAGAGGCAAUUAAGCUCAGUGCCACAGUUCAGGCAUACUUCAGACUGGAAAAGCCAGUUAUGGACCUUGUUCCACACAUCAGAAGAUUAGAAUAUGAUAUCAAUGGGGAAAUAGGUGUCCCAGGUACAAAGGUGGCUAUUUUGUCCAUGCACCAAAAUGAUGCAUAUAACUGGACUGAUGUGGUUUUUGGGGUUCUUUCCGAUCCAAUAAAUGCUCCAAUGAUUCCAGUGUCCUUAAGUGUACUGAGGUCAUCUUUCGUUGAGCUGUUCCUUAAGCAAACCAAUCUUACGGUGACAACAUCAAUUUUCGGGCAGCCAUCUAUGUUUGAGAUUCUGAAGUAUCCGGCGGGAAUCACUGUGAUUCCUGGGCAAUCUGCUUCGAUCUGGCAGAUACCCCAGAUCCUAUUUAAUUUUACUCUCAAUAAUUCUACAUCAGACAUAGUGGAAAACUUUGUUCAGUUAAAGGAGCAGUUGAGGUUUGGAUUGCAUCUAAGGUCUUAUGAGAAUGUAUUUUUGCAAAUUACAAACAAAUUGGGUUCAACUACAGAUGCCCCAGUUGUAGUUCAAGCGUCUCUCAUGUCUGAGUUUGGGGGCAUUGUGCCACAGAGAUUGAAGCAGUUGGCUCAAACAAUCACUGGUUCUCCAGCAAAAAAUCUUGGCCUUGAUAACUCAGUCUUUGGUAAAGUUAAAAGUAUCAGUUUAUCUUCUUACCUUAAGGGUACACUUACUGCAACCCCUCCUACUCCUUCUCCCGCUCCAUCUCCAGAGCCAACAAUUUCUCCAUAUCCUGCUUCUCCAGUUCACUCUCCAGCACCCUUACCUGACAGUAAUCAUCUCCCACCAGCACCAUCCAAGGUACCUCCACAUCCUCGUCCAUGUCCAUACCGCGGUUCUGGAAUUCCUCCAAGCUCCUCACCAACUUCUCAUCCUAACCCUACUGUUCCUCCUACUUAUGCACCUAAUGGUUCCCCUUACUCGCCUUCUACGAGUCCCUCAUCUCAAUUGUCUCCCCAUGUGUCACCUGCACCUGUAGUGUCCAAUGCUCCGAGUCCAGGAAACAAGGGAAGUGCACAAGACUUAAUUUCUCCAUCACCUUCCCCAUCCUUGUCAUCUUCAGCAGUAGGACCUUUCUACAAGGAGAUCCGUUUCUUGGAAUUUUCAGGAUUCUUGAUCUUUUAUCCCCUCUGUUGGUUAUGUUCGUGGGUCGUUUUCUUUAUGCAAAUUGGAGAAUUUGCAAGGCACACAAAAACACCACAGCACAAUGAUGUGCCAUGCUUAGUUUUGUUUUGGCGAGGAUGGUAG